UAAGAGGAAGAAAGAAAGAAAGAAAGAAAGAAAGAAAGAAAGAAAGAAAGAAAGAGAAAGUCUUGACUUUUCAAAUUAAGUAACAGAAUUGUAAGAGGAGAAAGAAAGAAAGAAAGAAAGAAAGAAAGAAAGAAAGGAAGGAAGGAAGGAAGGAAGGAAGGAAGGAAGGAAGGAAGGAAGGAAGGAAGGAAGGAAAGGUGCUUAUUUUUGUUUUUCAGCCAAGGGAACCAGACUUUUCUGAAGAUGCUUCCAUGAUUAUUUGGCCAGCAUGACUAUAUACACAGAGGUGCAUGGAACACUGUUACUGUCCCACCAAAGUGACUUCCUUUGGCAGCAGCUUAGGAGCCUGCGCAUCUGGGGAUGUUUGAAAGCAUACAAAGGAAUUGCUGGAGCAAGCAGAAGUGAAAAAGCUCUGAAGAGAGUGAGGAUGUGUUCAUAAAAAAAACGGAGCAAAGAGGUUUUACAACUCCACUCUCUCUCCCCAAGGUAUCCUUGACCGUGCAGGUCUACAAGGAAAGAGAAAAAACUGGAGAAGAUGAAGGAAAACAUUUCUUUCAGGAUUGUGGACUGCGUUUUAAAAAUCCUUCUGAUCCUGCUCUCCAUUUUAAAUACAGCUUCUGCACCUCCACCGCCCACCUUCAGGCAAUCGGAAGACGUAGCCUUGAUCCCAUCACCCAUCAUUAGGUUUCCAGGUGACGUUUCCCCCAAAACUGACAAAGAAUUGGCAUUCCAAUACCUCAACAAGUAUUAUGGAUGUCCCAAAGAUAAUUGCAACCUACUAGUCCUGAAGGACACUUUGGUGAAAAUGCAGAAGUUCUUUGGGCUUCCUCAGACUGGUGAACUGGACCAAAACACUAUAGAAACCAUGAAAAAGCCCAGGUGUGGCAACCCAGAUGUGGCCAAUUAUAAUUUCUUCCCCAGGAAACCAAAAUGGGAGAAAAACCUGGUCACAUAUAGAAUUUUAGGCUAUACCCCAGAUCUGGAUUCUGAAACGGUUGAUGAUGCGUUUGCCCGAGCCUUCAAAGUCUGGAGUGAUGUCACGCCUCUGGAAUUCUCCCGAAUUCACGAUGGAGAGGCAGAUAUCAUGAUCAACUUCGGACGAUGGGAGCAUGGUGAUGGGUAUCCUUUUGAUGGUAAAGAUGGUCUUCUGGCCCAUGCUUUUGCUCCUGGACCAGGGGUUGGAGGUGAUUCCCAUUUUGAUGACGAUGAACUUUGGACUCUGGGUGAAGGUCAAGUGGUCAGGGUGAAAUACGGCAAUGCAGAUGGAGAGUUUUGCAAAUUCCCCUUCCUGUUUAGUGAGAAGGAAUACAACAGCUGCACCGAUGCAGGGCGAAGUGAUGGAUUUCUCUGGUGCUCGACCACCUACAACUUUGAUACAGAUGGCAAAUAUGGAUUCUGCCCCCAUGAAUCUCUUUUCACCAUGGGUGGAAACUCCGAUGGGCAACCGUGCAAAUUCCCUUUCAUGUUUGAGGGAAGAUCCUUUGACAGCUGCACAACAGAAGGAAGGCAAGAUGGAUAUAGAUGGUGUGGCACUACUGAAGAUUAUGACCGGGACAAGAAAUUUGGAUUUUGUCCAGAGACAGCAAUGUCUACCGUUGGUGGGAACUCUGAAGGACAACCUUGUGCUUUUCCUUUUAUAUUCCUUGGGAAUAAAUAUGAUUCUUGUACCACUUCGGGACGUCAAGACGGGAAGAUGUGGUGCUCUACAACUAGUAACUAUGAUGAAGAUCGCAAAUGGGGAUUUUGCCCAGAUCAAGGCUACAGUCUUUUCUUGGUGGCUGCUCAUGAAUUUGGCCACGCAAUGGGACUGGAACAUUCUGAAGAUCCUGGUGCGCUCAUGGCCCCCAUUUACACCUAUACCAAGCACUUCCGUCUUUCUCAAGACGACGUUCAAGGAAUCCAGGAACUUUACGGGGGUUCUACUGAUGUUGGACCAGGCCCAAAGCCAACCCUUGGACCAGUCACGCCUGAACUUUGUGGCCAAGAUCUUGUCUUUGAUGCCGUGGCUCAGAUAAGGGGUGAAAUCUUUUUCUUCAAAGACAGAUUCUUCUGGAGAACAGCUAAUGAAAGGAGCCGGCCAACGGGACCUUUGCUUGUUGCUGUUUUUUGGACUGAUGUUCCAGAAAAAAUUGACGCUGUCUAUGAAGCCCCUCAGGAAGAGAAGUCGGUAUUUUUUUCAGGAAAUGAAUACUGGGUUUAUACAGCCAGCACCUUGGAAAGAGGGUAUCCGAAGAGGCUUACCAAUCUUGGGCUGCCUCCAGAUGUUCAACGUGUCAAUGCCGCAUUUAACUGGAGCAAAAACAAGAAGACUUACAUUUUUGCAGGGGACAAAUUUUGGCGAUACAACGAAGUAAAGAAGAAAAUGGAUCCUGGGUUUCCUAAAUUAAUUGCAGAUGCUUGGAACGGUGUCCCAGACAAUUUAGAUGCUGCCCUGGAAGUCAGCGGAAGUGGCCACAGCUACUUUUUCAAGGACUGGUACUACCUGAAACUGGAAGAUCAAAGCUUAAAGAUUGUUAAAGUCGGCAAUGUGAAAUCAGACUGGCUGGCUUGCUGAGCACAUUGACCCCUUUCCUAACCCGCCAUUUAUAUAUGUUUUGAUGUGUAAGAGUCCUAUGCCUUACCCACCAUUAGAAAUAGAACUAUAUCCUAAUUCAGAGGCUUGUCUGGUACCAGCCCAACCUAUUCAAUACCACUACUUGAAACAACUGUUUCAUCUGAUAAAGCACAUUGACUUGGAAGCAAGUCCCAUCAAAUCCUUCCUUCUCCCAAAGCUUGUUAGAAUUCAGAAUUUGCUAGAUUUCUUCUCCUUUCUUUCAUCUCAACAUUUAAGCUAUUUGGACCCGAUAUUAUUGUUCGCUGUUCUAGAUUGGCAGGCUACUGCUAAGAUACCACAGCAAUCUUGUUCCCCUUUUUUGAAACCAAUCAUUAGCAAACUGUAGGAAGAUAUCAAAAUAUACUCCUUAAACAGUGGGGGGAUUCAAAUAGGUGAACAACCGGUUCUCUGUGUAGAUGCCGCUUCCGGAAGUCGAUUCUGGGCCUGGGCAACAAAAAAUUAGCUACCGGUUCUGCCGAACCAAUGCAAACUGGCUGAAUCCCACCACUGGUCCUAAAUGUAGAAAGUUAGCAUGCUAGGAAGUCGGUACCUUCAGCACCGACUCCCAACAUGCUACGCUUCUAAAUUUAGAGGAGAAAAACGGAGAGUUGAGACUUUUACAGUCUGAAAGAAUCAGGCCCAGCAGUGGACAGAUCUUGUUCUUCGUGUCAAGUUGGACAUGAAAUGAAAUUAUACCAGCAUCCUGAAUCUUGAGAAAGUUCCAAUUACGGAAGCUUUGGAAAGCCUUCAGGCCUCCCAACCUCUAACUCAACUGUUGAAAGGGAGAACUUUAUAUUCUGAAUUUGCCCUCUGAACUUUCCAGGUUGCAUUAGGGGUCUUAUCAGUUUCAGCUCCGAUUCGCUCAAAGGGGCCCUGCUUUUCUUCCGUGAAGAGCUUUGAGCUCUGCCAUUCCUUACCGGUUCAUUUGUCAUUCCUGUUUCUUUUUUACACGGUGUUGCAAAAAAAAAAA